UUCUGACGUCAUACUUCUUUACGUUCGUCAAGGGAACUGCAAAGCGAUUUCACCUAUUUCUGUACAGAGCGUAUUCGUUCAUUUAGUAUUUAUCGUUCAUGCGUCCCCGAUUAAACACAUAUUUUAUGGCUGUAAUAGGACGUUGCAACGGAUACUUUGGACAGCAUUUUUGGACAUCAUAAGCGACCGACAUAGCAAGGCAGUCUUGGAUGGGUUGUGCAGACCUUAUGUUAUAGCUUGCUCUGUGUGGACAUCACCGCCACCGUGGAAGAAAACGGCAGCUCAUGGCACCAGGCCUACACAGACUCGGGCUCCAGCCCCCUCCCAGCACCACCCGAACACUUGUGCAAGGCCUGCGGAGGCCAGGUUGACAGUGUAAGAACGCAUGUCUGCAUGGACUGCAAAAACAGCUUCUGCAGCCGCUGCUCGGUGCAGAUGGAUGUCCGGCCGCGGAUGUGCCACACCUGUCAGCGGCUCCACUGCACCUUCUUUGAACGGGCAGAGUUGAUGAGGCUGAAGGUGAAGGACCUCCGUGACUAUCUCCACCUGCACGAAACCCCCACACAGAUGUGCCGAGAGAAGGAGGAGCUGGUGGAGCUGGUGCUGGCUCAACAAACUCCCAGGGGCAGCGGCAGUGCCGAAUCCCGGUCACAGCCGGCUGCACCCUCCCAUCCUCUCGCCGAAUCUGAAGCCCUCACGGAGGAGGAGGACGACGAUGACGACGAAGACGACGAAGAGGGUGAGGAGGAGGAAGAAGAAGACGGAGAUAGAGGUGGAGAAGAUGAAGAGGGCGAAGAAGAUGAUGAGGAUGAUGAGGAAGAGUCCACAGACAGUGAGGAGACGCUGGUGCUCAGCAGAAGAGCCUCUCUGUCUGACCUGAGCAGGGUGGAGGACAUCGAAGGCCUCAGCGUGCGGCAGCUGAAGGAGAUUCUGGCACGUAACUUGGUGAACUACCAGGGCUGCUGUGAGAAAUGGGAACUAAUGGAGAAGGUCACCCACCUCUUUAAUGAUCAGAAAGACUUUCACAACCUCGUUUCAAAUACAAAAACAGAAGCAGCUGAUCCUGCUGAUCCUGCUGAGCCCAGCGGCCAGGAGGAGAACCUGUGCAAGAUCUGCAUGGACUCUCCCAUUGACUGCGUCCUGCUGGAGUGCGGCCACAUGGUCACCUGCAGCAAAUGUGGGCAACGCAUGAACGAGUGUCCCAUCUGCCGACAGUAUGUAGUUCGAGCCGUGCACGUCUUCAGAUCGUGAAAUUCGAGUGCAAAGAGACAGACUGUCCCCUACAGUUUGCUGCUUUUUCACACACCAAGCAACAUUUUCUCAACAUUUUGUGAUAAUACUCCACCUUGCUGCUUAGCUUCUAAGUUUACAUGAUUAAAUGUGCACUUAUUUGAUUUUUCAUCACAACGGUGUUAACGUGUGGCUUUAAAGUUGUGUUUAAUUUAUUUGUUGACUUUCACACUUUUUUUUUGUUAUUAGGAUUUUUUCUUUAUAUCCAUCCUACAACAUUUGCAUUACUAUUAGAAAAUAUUGAAUAAGCAAGCAAGGUUUAAUGGAUAAUCUGCAUGAAUGAUUAAUGUUUAUUAGAGGUUAAGACAUUAAUAAGUCUAAAUGACAUAUAAAGAACACAUUUAAAUAUGUGGAAUAAUCUUGGAAGUGUCUGGGAUGUGUUAACAGGGUAAGAUGGUUGACUUUAAUUCACCAAUUCUCAUGUUGUUUCUGUGUUUAGGUCUUUACGAUAAUUCACCACUAUAAUGUGACCACUUCAGGGGUCAGUUCACUCUUGGUUAAAGAUAUAGUUAACCCAGAAAUGAAAAUUUGCUGACCCUUAGGCCAUCCAAGAUGUAGAUGAGUUUGUUUCUUCAUCAGAACCGAUUUGGAGAAAUUACAUCACUUGCUCAGCAGUGGAUCCUCUGGAGUGAGUAAUGGGUGCCGUCAGAAUGAGAGUGCAAACAGCUGAUAAAAAAACAUCUCAGUAAUCCACAUGGCCCCAGUUCAUCAAUGUUUUGUGAAAGUUACAAAUUAAUGAAAACUAUCAUUAAUGUCUUUAACCUUGAACCAUGGCUUCCUAAUAAAAUACAGUCCUCUAUUUAUCAUAUUGCUUUCUUCACUAAAAUAAAGUCAACUUGUUUGAGUUUAGAAUUUAGAGCAAACACCAUUUACAAGCAAAAUCAGUCCAACACGGCUCUAAACCAAUACGUCAGUGGAUUUGGAUGUGAGGAGACACAAGAGGAUGGACUGUUUCACUUGAGGAAGCUUUAUUAUGGAUUAAAGACUCAUGUUUUGACCAGAAGCAAUGGUUUACAGUUAAAAUGCCUUAAUGAUCUUUAAGUUGAUUUCUUACGAACACACAACUUUUCUUCUCAAGAUGUUAACUGAGCGACUCGAGUUGUGUUGUGAAUCAUUGUUAUGUUUUUAUCAGCUGUUUGAACUCUCAUUCUGACGGCACCCAUUCACUACACAGGAUCCAUUGGUGACCAAGUCAUGUAAUGACACAUUUCUCCAAAUUUGUUUCUAUGAUGAAACUAAUUUAUCCACAUCUUGCAUGGCCUGAGGAUAAAUACAUUUUCAACAAAUGUUCAUUUUUGGGUGAUCUAUUCUUUUAAAUUAUAAUGCACUCUACCAGUAGUGUGUGGGUGCUAUUUCCAGGCUUUGUGCACUUAGAGAUCAAACCAUUCCACUGCCUCAUGCUUUGGUCUUGACUCCAUAUCUUAGACAGAACCAGUACUUCCAAACUGCCAAGAAACCUUUUCUGGCUUGACUUUUUCUUCGGUACAUUCUUUCUUUUAUUACACUGGUGGCUAGUUCUCCACCGUUACUAGUAUUACUUCCAAGUCUGUGUUAGUCACAAGGUGCUCAUUACUGCCUACAUUUAUUGUUGUAUGAUAAAGUGUGUUAACCUAAUAAAAAGUUGUCAUGGAGUGAUAAUGCCAAUCAUAACUGUACAUUUUUUUUUUUUCAUAAAAAGAAAUCUUGAUUUUUAAACGUGAAGGCUCACACUUAUGGAGGUACAAUGUUUUAAUUAUUAAAAAAAUAUUAUUCAAAUUGCAAGUGUAUGAAUGUAUCAUAAUUGUGGUUAAAUAGGAUCGUUUUCUUUUGAAAUUUUCGUUAUCUGGCUUAAAAUAUUUCAAUCUUUUGGAUUUUCUCACAUACUGAAGACUUUUGACAGGAUAUGCAAGCUAUUUUGAUAGCUUUGUGUUUUAUGUAUUUGCAUAUUUAUCAAUCAAACAGCCACAUGAUAAAACCUAAAAGAUCUCAGUUACUCACUGUAUUUGUUUCACUGGCCAUUGCAAUGUCUAGUCAGUCCAAACCCAGCAUGAACGUCCAUAACCUCCCCACAAUAUAUUAAAAAAGUUGAUGAUGAACAGGCGCAUAACUAAAAAAAAUGAAGCGAUGGGUGUAAAUUUCUGCUCGGUUCUUGCGGUGCUUGGAGCUUUAAUUUUGUGCUUUAACAGCUCUAGUUAAAAAACAAAUAAAUGGGCAAAAUGAGUUUUACAUGUUAAGUCAAAAUCAAAAAAGUUAUGUUAUUUAUGUAAUAGCAAAGGUGCCCAAAUAUGUGUGUGUAUGUGCCAAGUGGAGUUAUAGCCCUUGAAAUAUCAGUAGGAUGUGUUGUGGUCUGAAGAUUUAAAUAUCUACAGAAAUUUAGUGAAAAUAAAUAUAAACUAAAUUCAAUUAAAACUUACUGUAAAAGUGUGGGAAAAUUUUUUUAGCAUUAUUUGUAAGCCAAAGUGUAUUUGCAAAUAUAUCUUCAUUGAAUUGCAGCAAUGAGAAAUUAUGUGCAAAGAGAAAAAAAAAAGUAAACCAUUGGAUGUGUACCUAGACUUCUGAAAAAAAUAAUAAGAAUAUGAGGGGGGAAUAAGUGCUCUGCAUACAUGAGCAAAGAAAAAGAUUAUUGAAAGGUGCUUCGAAAUGCCUGAAUGAACUUUUCCAGGUUUUGGAUUUUGUAUUGACUUUUGUGUAUUGUUUUGUAAGUGGUUUGGUUUUGUUUGUUUUUAGAUUCUUUGCGACUGUGACUUUAUUUUGAACUGUAUGAAAUUGAAUCGAAUCAGCUGAUAACUCAAAAGCUGUUCCGGAUGUAAUAAACAUUUAUCAUAUAAACUAGCAUGUCAGAUUGCCAAUAUUGUCUUUAAUAUGCAGUGAGCCUGAUGUGCUAAAUGCUGUUUUCAUGUAAAACACAACAUUGAAAGGUGAUAAGGUUUAUAAUCAUUGAUACAUUUAUAUAUUUUUAGAUUUUGUUACUCUAUAUGUUUUUGUGCAAAUAUUUUUUUUGUUUUGUUUGUUUUUUAGUAUUAAUAAACAAACCUACAACAGCCAAA